CCCGCCCCCUUAACCUGUUGACUGUCGGCAGCACAGAACUCGGUUCAUUUCAGUCCAAAGAUGCGCUUUAAUCCGAAUUGACUCCAGAUUUUCAUGAACCUUAUGGAAUUUACCACAGAAUAACUGAUCUGCUGUCAUCAGCUGCUGAGAUGGACGACUCCAGUGAGACCUAUUUAUGCAUAAACGAUCCCAACGGCAACAGAGCCAUCCACUGCUCCGAAUCACACGCUUGCCUGGAGCCGCUGGAGGAGGAGGUGGAGAAGUUCAGGAGGAAGCUGAAGUAUUUCUUCAUGAACCCCUGUGACAAGUACAAAGCUCGCCGAAGAAAACCCUGGAAACUGAUUCUGCAGAUCGUUAAAAUCGCUUUGGUCACCAUACAGCUGGUGUCGUUUGGUCUCAGUAAUCAGAUGGUGGUUCAGUUUAAGGAGGAGAAUCUCAUGGUGUUCAGGCAUCUGUUCCUGAAGAACUUCACCAAGAGCAGCGCAAACACCUACGCCGUUUACACGCAGCACGACGUCUACACACACAUCGCUUACACCGUGGAGCAGUUUCUGAUGUUGCCUAGCAUAACGGUGGGCAACCAUGAUUAUGAGAAGGAAGGUGACGUUUACACUCCCCUCACCAUCUGCCAGCAGUUCUACCACAACGGCAGCGUCUCACCAGCCAAUGAGACCUUUGACAUUGACACUCAGGUGGAUGAAGAGUGUUCGCUCAUUUACCCGCAACAUCCCUUCUCAACUCUCACAGCAGACCCUCUGAACUUUACUCUGCACUUUGAGAGGUUGUUGACAGUGACUGUAAAAUUCACUCUGAAAGCCAUUAACCUGGAGACGGUUCAGUAUCACGAGCUUCCAGACUGCUACGUCUUCAACGUUAUGAUCACCUUUGACAACAAGCCCCACAGCGGGAGAAUGGUGAUUGACCUGGACAACGAUGUGCAGAUCUAUAAAUGCAGAGACUGGACCGUGACUGGUGCAUCCCAGGGGAACAUGUACAUUAUGGUUCUGUUUGACGUGGUGGUCAUUCUGAUUCUCGCGCUGUCGCUGCUUCUCUGCAUGCGCUCGGUGAAAGCUGGAGUCCUGCUGCAGUUCGAAUACACAGCGUUCUUCUCUAGUCGUUACAGCAAACGCGUGUCCUUCUCCGACCGUAUGGAGUUCAUUAACGGCUGGUUCAUCCUCAUCAUCGUUAGUGACGUUCUCACCAUCACAGGCUCUCUGCUGAAGAUCAUCAUCCAGCUGAAGGCCGUGGCCAGUUAUGACCUGUGCAGUAUCCUGCUGGGCACCGGCACCAUGCUGGUGUGGAUCGGGGUCUUACGCUACAUGGGAUACUUGAGAAAAUACAACAUUCUCAUCAUCACUCUGCGAGCGGCCUUUCCGAACGUCAUCCGUUUCACCUGCUGUGCCGCCAUGAUUUACCUCGGGUACUGUUUCUGCGGAUGGAUCGUUCUGGGACCGUACCACAGCAAGUUCCGGACGCUGAACCUGGUGUCCGAGAGUCUGUUUUCCCUCAUCAACGGAGACGACAUGUUCGCCACCUUCAAGAACAUGCAGCAGAAGAAUUUCGUGGUGUGGCUCUUCAGCCGCCUGUAUCUCUACACGUUCGUGUCUCUGUUCAUCUACAUGGUGCUCAGUCUGUUCAUCACGCUCAUCACGGACACCUACGACACCAUCAAGCAUCAGCAGUUGGACGGGGAGCCCGUGUCAGAUCUUCAGGCGUUCAUCAUGCAGUGUAAAGAUCCUCCAGAAUCGGGCUGCUUCAGUGAGAACGAGACCCGCGGCAGAUGCCUGAUGUGCUGCUCACGCAGGUGAACACUCGUCACGUCUCCAUACGGGACGAUCAGAGAUGAUGUGAAGAGCUGCAGAAGGAGUAACUAACGUGUCAGUCUCUUCUGUUAUAUUUGUUCUGAACAUCAUUAAAGCUCUUUUGACUUGUGAGAUGUGUGUGAGAGACAGUAAACGUGAUAUUGUGUGUUUGUGAUGCGGCUCUGAUGACGACACAGACUGACCUUCACCUGGAGUGUGUGAUCGUGGACUGAAAGUGAAAAUAUCUGUAUAUGAAGUGUAAAUAAAUCCAUAAAAAGCUCACGAACAGCACAGCUGUCCAAACGUGUUUUUGUUUGAGCACAUUUUUAGCACUUUAUAGUUGUGAAAUAACGAGAAGAUCCUCUCCACUUUACGAAAGAUUGUAAAUUGGUGUAAUUAUUAUAUUUUGUUUUAAUGUGCAAGUAUAUAUAAAGAUGAAGUUUAGUUGUGCUGGAGGACAUAAAGAAAAAGAUAUAUUUUCAAACAUGUUUCCUACAUCACAUUGUACAUUUUGUGCUGUUUGUGUUUAUGAUACAAUGUGUUAUAUAAUGUAUUUUAUAUUUGAAAGCUUCAGAUAAAAUAAAAUUUUGAUACCAGA